AUGAGUAUGAAGAUCUUUCUUAUUUACUUGACCUUCUUCACACUUUGCUGUUAUGCUGACCAAAGGUCAACAUUGCACAUAAAUGCCACGGAAGGAGCUGGAAGAAAAAUUCCAGACACCUUCUUCGGAGCAUUUUUUGAGGAAAUAAACCAUGCAGGAGCUGGAGGACUAUGGGCUGAGCUUGUUCGAAACAGAGGCUUCGAAGAAGGAGGCUCAACUGUUCCCUCAAACAUAUAUCCGUGGACAAUGGUGGGAGAGGAGUCAACCAUAGAGAUCUCAACCGAUCGUAGCUCUUGCUUUGAUCGAAACAAAGUUGCAUUGCGUAUGAAUGUUCUCUGCCAUUCAUCUCAUGCUGUUGGCAUCUCCAAUCCUGGUUUCUGGGGCAUGAAUAUCGAGAAAGCACACAAGUACAAAGUAGUUUUCUUUGUCAAAGCAAGUGGUUCCAUUGAUCUUGACGUCUCGUUUGUUGGAUCCGAUAAUACGAAGUUGGCAUCAAACAGCAUUAGGUCUUUCGAUCACAAUGUUACAGAGUGGACGAGGAUGGAGACCGUACUGUUAGCGAAGGCCACUGACCACAAUGCAAGUCUCCAAAUAACGACAAGGAAGAAAGGAGUUUUAUGGUUAGAUCAGGUUUCAGCUAUGCCCCUCGACACCUUCAAGGGUCAUGGAUUCCGAAAGGACCUUGCUCAGAGGGUGGCCGAUCUGAAGCCCACAUUUUUCAGAUUCCCUGGUGGAUGUUACGUUGAAGGAGGUUAUAUGAGAAACGCAUUCAGAUGGAAAGACAGCGUUGGAGCAUGGCAGGAGAGACCUGGACACUUCGGAGAUGUUUGGGGUUAUUGGACCGACGAUGGUUUUGGCUACUUUGAGGGCCUCCAAUUUUCUGAGGAUAUCGGUGCCUUACCAGUGUGGGUCUUCAACGAUGGUCUCAGCCUCACUGACGAAGUGGAUACAUCUAUGAUCGCUCCUUUUAUUCAAGAAGCUCUGGAUGGACUUGAGUUUGCAAAGGGUUCAGCAGAUUCAAAAUGGGGAUCUCUGAGGGCUUCCAUGGGACAUCCCGACCCAUUCGAUCUCAGGAUUGUUGCCAUUGGAAAUGAAGAGUGCGCCAUGUCUAAGUAUCGAGAAAACUACCUCAAAUUUUAUGAUGCCAUCAAGCAAGCUUAUCCAGAUAUCCAGAUCAUCUCAAACUGCGAUGCUUCUCAAAAACCAUUGGAUCAUCCAGCUGAUUUCUACGAUUUUCAUAUUUAUACAAAUGCGGAGGACAUGUUUAGGAAGCAUACGAAAUUCGAUGACGCACCACGAUACGGCCCAAAGGCGUUUGUGAGUGAGUAUGCUGUUUGGCAAUCGGACGCUGCGAAUGGAACUCUUCUGGCUGCCAUUGCCGAAGCUGCAUUCCUUAUUGGAUUGGAAAAGAACAGUGACGUGGUCCACAUGGUUAGCUAUGCACCGCUCUUCGUAAACACCAACGACAGAAAGUGGACACCGGAUGCAAUUGUAUUUGACUCUCACCGGAGCUAUGGAACUCCCAGCUAUUGGAUUCAACAGUUUUUUAGCAGUUCAAGUGGAGCCACUCUGCUUGAUUCGACUCUUGAAACCUCUUCCGAGUACAUUGUUGCAUCGGCAAUCGAAUACACAAAUCCUGCAGAGAAGAAGAAGUACUUGAGAAUAAAGGUUGUAAACUUUGACAGUGAUCCCCAUAACUUUAGGUUUUGUAUCAGUGGACUGGAUUCCAAGGUGCAAGCAUCUGGAGCAACAACAACAGUGAUGACAGGACCUAACGUCAAAGAAGAAAAUUCGUUUUCAGAGCCAAACAGGAUUGUGCCACAACACAGCUCUCUGGAGAAGGCCAGUGGAGACAUGAAUGUCGUACUUGCUCCCUACUCCCUUACAUCAUUUGAUCUCUUGAUAUAG